AUGGAGUGCCUGUUGCAAGGACUUCCCGGGGUGGUGCCAUAUUUCGAUGACGUCCUAGUCAGCGCUCAGGACGAACAACAACUAGGGGACAGAGUUAGGAACGUCCUGUUCAGAUUCAGGGAAGCGGGACUCAAAUUAAAAAAAAACAAGUGUAUGAUAGCAGUCCCCUCAGUUGAAUUUUUGGGGGACUACCAAGGUUUUGUAAACAAACGAAAUGAACUGUUUACGCAAGGUGGUUGUUUGUUGUGGGGUGACAGGGUGGUAGUGCCAACGAAACUACGAACGAGGGUCUUAGAAUUGCUGCACGACGGGCAUCCGGGCAUUGUCAGAAUGAAAAGUUUAGCCCGGAGUUACGUAUGGUGGCCCAACAUGGACCAAGUUAUCUCUGAGUGGGUGGGGAAGUGCAGACCCUGCCAGGAGUCUCGCCCCGAUCCCCCGGUAGCGCCCAUCCGAGAGUGGGAGAAACCAAAAGGGCCAUGGGGGAGGAUCCAUAUUGAUUUCGCUGGCCCCUUCCAUGGGCAAACAUUUUUAAUUGUAGUUGAUGCCUUUUCGAAAUGGCUCGAAAUAAUUCUAAUACCCUCUACCACAGCCGAGGCAGUCAUUAAAGCCCUUCGCAAGCUAUUUGCCACACAUGGCCUACCGGAUACUCUAGUAUCUGACAAUGGCCCUCAAUUCACAGCAACCCUGUUCGAGGGUUACUUGGCCGGCCUGGGCAUCCGCCAUGCCCUAUCGGCCCCGUUCCACCCGGCUUCUAACGGAUUGGCCGAACGUUUUGUAAGAACGGCCAAAGAGGCCCUAUCCAGACUAGAUAACGGGGACUGGCAGGCCAGGAUAGACCAAUUCUUAGCUGUCCAGCAUGCCACACCAUGCACAGCCACAGGGAGAAGCCCAGCAGAGCUCCUCAUGGGCAGGAAGCUUCGGUGCAUGUUAGAUAGGCUUCAUCCUAACUACUCGCACGAAAAUUUCAAGGGAGAGACCUCUGGACUAAGACAGUUUCAGGUUGGGUCCCGAUCUUCUCAGGCUGCUGCUGGAGCCACCAGGACCGCUCACUGCUCCGUCAGGGGUAGGGUAGUGGAUCCAGCUGUUAUUGCCUCCUGCUCCAGAGUCCCAGCUGCACCAGUCAGGUUGGGCACUGUUGGCUGCAGGAGAAGGGGCAAUGGGCUUGACACAACUGCUAGGAACUUCACACUUCCCAUUCCGGUUACUGCCACUGCAGUCCUGAGUGACCUGGCUGCCCAGAUCUUCAAGCCACCAAACUUCUCCCUCAGCUACUCCAUUGAUGGGCUUCACGUGACGAUUGGGAGCUUCUAUUCAGCAGGCUUGUCCCACUCCAUUGUCCAUUUCACUCUCCACUUGCUACUUUGGAUCACAUUGACUUCCAAGGAGACCAAAGGGUCUUUGGCUUCUGCUGUCUUGCCCAUGUUCAUCCCCCACCAGGUCUUGGAACCUGGUAUGGGGCAUCACUCGCCUGCUCUCUCAUACUCAUCGGCUGCUGCUCAAGUUUCUCAUCCUUCUGUUUGGGACAUGUGCUAG